AUGUCACCUCCCGCCUCCAAUGCGCAGCUACCUUCCCCAUCUCGCCGAAUCAUCGGUGAGCGAAAUCGUGGCAGCUAUAAACACCAUACAAUAAGUACGCGGUUCUUACAGCUGAUAGACCCUGGAACCGGUGGGACAAAGAUGAAGGCAAAGAAGUCCAACGAGAAAGACGAAUCCGACAAGGAGGACGAAGAGAAGGAAAAAUUCAAGAGCAGUCUAAAGAGUGCAAUCAUUAUCCAGCGACCUAACAUAUCUUGGGAUGAUGUGGUUGGCUUGAGUGCAGCUAAGGAGGCUUUGAAAGAGGCCGUCAUCCUACCCAUCAAAUUCCCCCACCUUUUUACCGGCAGCCGAACUCCGUGGCGAGGAAUUUUGCUUUAUGGACCUCCGGGAACUGGUAAAUCAUUUCUGGCCAAGGCUGUGGCUACGGAAGCAAAUAAUUCCACGUUCCUAUCCGUGUCCAGUUCCGACUUGGUUAGCAAGUGGCUCGGAGAAUCGGAGAAAUUGGUCAAAACUCUUUUCGCCAUGGCUCGAGAACAAAAGCCGAGCAUAGUAUUCAUCGAUGAAAUCGACUCCAUCUGUGGCUCUCGUAACGAAAGCGAGUCUGAAUCCGCUAGACGCAUCAAGACAGAAUUUCUUGUUCAGAUGCAAGGCGUGGGUUCGGACAAUGACCAGGUCUUGGUCCUAGCCGCGACGAAUAUCCCAUGGACUUUGGAUCCAGCUAUCAGACGUCGUUUUGAAAAGCGUAUCUACAUUCCCCUUCCCGAAGCUCCUGAACGUGCAAACAUGUUCAAGGUCAACUUGGGUACGACUCCACAUACGCUUACUCAGAAAGACUUUAUCUCCCUCGGAGAGCAGUCCGAAGGUUACUCGGGUGCAGAUAUUGGUAUCGUAGUUCGAGAGGCCCUCAUGAUGCCAGUUCGGAAAGUUCAGACUGCUACACAUUUUAAGCGUGUCUCUGGUACAUCUCCAACAGACCCAACAAAAACCGUGAACGACUUGCUAACUCCUUGCUCACCAGGUGACCCUGGGGCGAUAGAGAUGUCUUGGUCCGACGUGCCUAGCGACAAGCUCAAAGAACCCCCUGUUUCAAUGAUUGAUAUGCUGCAGGCUUUACAACGGAAUAAACACACAGUGGCACAAGCUGACUUAGACCGACUGGAACAAUUCACCCGGGAAUUUGGUCAGGAGGGCUCUUGAUCGCUAAAUCGUGUGACAAUCGGUGGCAACGUGCUUACACCGUCAUUCUUCUUUGUUCGUGGCCUUCCUGCUCUGCGAACUGCCCCGUUCCCUAUCGCAUUGAUCGUCACACGUUCUCACCCUGGCUGCCAUUUUCCCAGUUACGCUAACUUACUAGUGCAGAAUCGACUCUACUCAUUUGUUCUUUUACCCGUCCUCAGACCGGAUAAGUGCUUUUUCUGAAACUGUGGUGCCCGGGAUAUUUGACUCUGCACAUUUAUUGAGUAUGUUUAUUACUGUUGGGGUAUGCCAUCUUCCUCACGAGUCCCCCUUUGAAAUUGAUCCCCUUCUUAGACUGUAUUGUUUCCGCGCACCACAAGGAUCCCUAUGACAGAGUUCCAGAACCACAUCUGAUUUUCUUGACGCGCUGGUAUUCUAUGCAACUGGGACGUGGCCCAUGAACCAUGAGGUCUAAUUGUUUUCCGGUUGCGUAUUUUGUCUCACUCCUGUCUGAUUUUCUUUAAUGGACGCCGUUCAUGAUAUGGAUUUAUCCAAGCUGAACUCUUACCAGUUAUUAGUACAUUGAAUUGAUGCUUUUCGUGUUUGAG